AGCAAGGUGGCCUCUGUGGAGGCUGAGGCCACCCAGCUCUUUUUAUAAAUGUGGGUGGCUGUAAAGAGCUUGUUUUUCUCUCAGAAAAAAUGAGUUGGAGUGUUUCAUAGCAGAAUUCUCCUGAUCUUAAUGAAGAUAAAACAGAAGUUUGUCCCUUUUCCUCUCUUCAUGGUUAUACGCUUAUCGUUGACAAACGCUAUCAGGAGAAGGACAGCAUUAUCAGCUCCGUUCACACUAAAGUGAAGGGAGUAGUGCAGACAGAUAAAAGGAUCUGGGAUACAGCAGAAUACACUAUACCGAUGCAGGGAAUAGACUCCUUUUUUGUGACAACCAACGUCAUUAUGACAGAAAAUCAGCUUCAGAGGAGGUGCCCUGAGUAUCCAAGUACCAAAGCUCUCUGCUCUUCAGACAUGUCCUGCAGAAAAGGGAGUGUGGAUCACAAGCAUGAUGGAAUUCGAACAGGAAGAUGUGUGAAUUACAAUGCAACUACUAAAACCUGUGAGGUCAUGGCAUGGUGCCCUGUGGAAUCUGAGAAAACUGCCCCUGUGCCCGCUGUUCUUAAGAGUUCUGAAGACUUCACAGUACUAAUAAAGAACAAUAUUCACUUCCCAAAAUUUAAUUACACCAAACAAAAUAUUCCACCGAAUUUCAAUACUUCCUGCACAUUCAACAAGAUAACUUCUCCGCUCUGUCCAAUUUUCCGUCUGGGAGAUAUUCUUGAGGCAGCAAAUGAGAAUUUUUCUGAGGUGGCAGUUGAGGGGGGAAUCAUUGGCAUUGAGAUUAACUGGGACUGUAACUUGGACAAAUGGUUUUACCACUGCAGUCCGAAGUAUGGUUUUCGAAGCCUUACUGACAAAACAACAUGCAAAUAUCCUGGUUUCAACUUCAGAUUUGCAAGGUACUACAAGCUGCACAAUGGGGAGGAACAGCGAACCCUUAUCAAAGUCUAUGGAAUACGGUUUGACAUCCUUGUCUUUGGCACGGCUGGAAAAUUUGACUUCAUUGAACUUGUGACAUACAUUGGGUCCAUGAUCUCCUAUUUUGGCUUGGCUGCAUUUGUCAUCGAUUUAUAUAUUAGUUUAUAUAGUUGCUGCAGCUGCUGCAAAUCACCUGUCAAGGAAUAUCACUUCAGAAGGAAGUAUGAGACUGUACUGAAUCCAAAGCAGGUGGUAUACGUGUCCUAUGUUGAUGAGCCACAUGUUAUCUUGAUAAAGAAACAUCUGAAAACAAGCUUGCAGCUUGCAGCUAAAGAUGAAAUUAUUGAGAGCUACCCUAAGAAAUUCUCUGAUGAUGUCAACUGCUGCACCAAUAAUUCCAGCAAGGACUCUGAUACAGAAGAACCUGAAGAGAUGUAUCCUCUUCCACAGCAAAGGCAAAGAGCCUUUUCCUCAGACUGCCCAGUGUGGUGCUGCUGUGGGAAGUGCCAGCUAACAGAGAGGCACCAUGAGCAACUCUGCUGCCGGAAGAAAGAUGGGCAAUGCAUCACAACCUCGCCUUUAUUUGAGCAACUGGUGCUGUCCAGAGACAACCUGAAAGAUGUCCUUCUCUACAAAGAGCCCUUUCUGGACUUUAACGAUAGGAACGUCAAUGACAAACUGCGUCACUGUGCUUUCAAGCAGUAUAUUAACUGGCGCUUUGGCUCUUUUGAUCUGGAAGACCGAGCUGUCAUCCCAAGCUGCUGCAGGUGGAAGAUUAGAGCUACCUAUCCCAAAGCAGAUGGCAACUAUACUGGUUUUAAGACAAUAUGAGGAUGCUGUAGUACAACUCGAGCUCAUGCUGUGACUUACCCUGGACAUUUAACCUUUGUUUUUUCUUAUAGGCCUUAAAACAAAACAAAAUAGACGAAACAAAAACAAAAGAAAACUUCCCAAAAUCUGCUGUAUGGCUGAAUUCUGUAUACGCUGUCAUUGCAGAGGCAGUAUUGCCUACGGCUUAGCUGAGGAAACCAUUACUUUGAGUUAAAGUGCUGCUUCUGCCUUUGCUUCCCUCUCUGAGUCAUCCCACAGGGAAUCUAGACCAUGGUUUGGAAAUGUAGCCUCUGGGGUUAAUUCUUGUAGGUAUAUUUUAGUGGGAAGUUCCAGGCAUCCUGCCUUUGCACGGUGUGUACCAGAAUCCCAACUGAGUCUGGAGAUGACCUAUACUCUGAAAGUAAGAUGGAGCAAAUAGUCAUUUCAAAGCAUGACCCCGGAUGGAAGGAAGUCCAAAAGAGACAUCACUUGAAAACAUGGGCCUGAGCUUUUCUCUCACUCUGCUGUUGAAAGAGUUUUGGAGCCUUGGAUAGGGGAGACUCUAGAAGGGGCCACUGUGCAUAAAUUUUCAUAACUCACUGUUGAGGGCCUCAUACUGUGUCCAGAUUAAACAGGCUCAUCUUGGAUAAUUUCAAUGUCACAGAAAAGCAUUUUCUGCAAAGCCUAGCUGUUCUGUUUGUAUUACUCCUUUCAGCUUAAAUCAGGAAUUACAAUGAAAAGUAUUUUUAUCAUCUUUCUGUAAUAUUUCCAUUCAUACUCAUUGAAAUUGUUAUUUGACCUCAUGUUUGCUUUUAGCUUCAAACAGGCCUCGCCUCCUAAACCUUUGACCCUUGAGGGCAUGAGGCCAGAGCACAGCCAAGGGGCAGCAAAUUCAGGCAAGAUUAAACUGUGCUUCAGCACCUUUCCAGUUCUUUCCUUUUGUUACACUUUGACAUGUUCUGUUUUGAUACAGACAAGGUGAGAAAGACUGUAACGUGUACAUUCUGCACUUCUUUCAACUAGGCUUUAUUCUUUCUGAGCUAACCCAGCAGUUUGCCAUUUCAGUUGCCCACAUAUUUUUAAAGAUAUAUUGCUGGCAGGUUAUGCCAGCUAUAUUUAUAUCUUCAGUUGUAAUAUGCAUUAAUUGCAUUAACAUUCUCACUGUAGCAUUUCAUGUAUCUAGAGUGGUAAAAGAUUACAGCUGACGUUAUUGCUUUCCUGUUCUGACACAUGCACUGACUUUCCUUUUGGAAAGAAUAACAGUGGAUACUCACGUAAGACUGUGAUUUUAAUCUCCUGUCUUAUUGUUUUAUAUAUAUGUUCCUUACCAUCUCCUUUUUCUUAUGUUCAUUUUGACUGUUCUUUUUUUUUUUUUAAUAAACAGAGCAU